UGUUUCCCGUCAUCCAUUCACACACGUGAAGGUCAGCAAUAGAGCCAUAAGGAAACCAUAAUUAGGAAAAUAUUUCCUUUACGACCUCUUUUUAGGAAAAUAUGGACGGCCAGGGAGCGACAGCCGACCCUCAGCUUCAGCACUUCAUCGAAAUCGAGUCUCAAAAACAAAGAUUUCAGCAGCUGGUGCAUCAAAUGACUGAGGUUUGCUGGGAGAAAUGUAUGGAUAAACCCGGGCCAAAGCUGGACUCAAGGACAGAAAUGUGCUUUGUUAACUGUGUGGAGCGAUUUAUUGACACCAGCCAGUUCAUCCUAAACAGACUGGAACAGACACAGAGGAGUCGGGGCUCGUUCUCUGAGAACAUGUCAGACUAAACUGUCACUGAAAGGACUGACAUGACACACGGCCCCUGCUCUACGACAAGGCCGUCUGGUCCUGACACAGCUGUCUGAGUGUUGCAGAACUGUCCGAUCAACUGGAAGAAGGAACAAGUUGAAGUAUUACUUUUCAUACAAGUGCCUGAGAUUAACACCAUGUAUGAACUCAUGCAGAAGUCUAGGGUUUUAUUUGUCCUCCACUUAGUGGCAUAUGAGUGUUGCAAAAACACUUAUAUUGUAGUCUGUUGCAAGCAGUCUGUUGUCAAGUCAUUGAAUUCAAGCCAUUUCACUUGUCAGGCUGUGAAACUGUGAGCUUGAAUGUGUUAAUAUCCACUGCUGUAACUAGUAGGUUAAGUGUGGGAGACUGCAGAAAGAUGGAUGCAAAUGGGACAUUCAACUUGCCAACUGUUUUUGACAGCUACAAGGACUCCACCACACACACACUGCUGUAAUUUAAGAGAAUUAACAAUGUCUUGACUGAAGAGGCAUGAUUAGCAGCUAAAGGUUCUGGACUGUACAUAUGCAAUAAACAAAAUGCCAAAUA